AUGCAUGAGUUCUAUCUGACCAGAGUUGAGAGACGCCUCGCAAACGUGGAGCGCCUAUUUGGUCAGCUCCUCCCUGAUGUUGACAUCAAUGAAGCCCUGGCAUCGCAGGGAGUUGAAGCUCCUGCAGACGCAUCCCAGCCGAAUGCAUCCCUGUCGCCACCAACAAAUCCUACAUCGCCCCACAGUCCAGUUCAGGUCGGCGGUGCCAUUUCAGAUGCCGUGCCUGCAGAAAGCGAUGGCUUCGAUUGGCAGGAAGACGUUGAUGAGCUGACGGAUGGGAUGGCGUCAUUGUCCGUUGAGCCGAGAGGGGCAGGGUACUUGGGACCCACUGCUGGUGUAUUUUUUCUCAGAUCACUUCUUCUCUGGACGGGUCAUUCGAGGCCCUUCAUCGGCGAUAGCUCCGAGGUUCCACGACCCCAUUCUGGGUUGGAGUCUUCUUCCCAGCUAUCUAACUCGGUCACGUCGAGACAUGUCAUCGAACAGUUGGUAAAUGGCUAUUUUGAGGUCUACCACCGCAGCUAUCCGUUCGUGCAUGAGCCCACCUUCCGAGCCCAGCUUCAUGAGGUUAUACAGCGACCAAAACGACGAUCGUGGCAGAUGCUGCUCUAUACCAUUAUGGCACUGGGAGCGUGGUGUCUCAACAACGAUAACGCUGAACUCGAUGAUGAGCUGUACCAUCUAGCACUCUCGUUUGGGGACGCCGAGUGCUUGUUCGCAAGCGCGGAUCUGACCUUUGUUCAAGCUCUCAUUUUGUUCAGCAAUCUAAGCCAGAAGCGCAAUAAGCCCAACACGGGAUCCAACUUCCUCGGGCUUGCGACACGAAUGGCUCUGAGUUUGGGUCUCCACAGAGAGCUGCCCGACUGGAACAUCAGUCUCUUGCAACGAGAGAUGCGCCGCCGUGUCUGGUGGGGGCUGUACAUGUUUGACAGUGGUGCCUCGACUACCUUUGGGAGGCCGAUCCUUCUUCCGGGUGAGGAAGCCAUGGACGUGCGACCGGUUCUGAAUAUUGAUGAUGAGGACCUCACGAGUGUAACAGAACUUGCGCCAGAAGAGGUAAACAGGCCGACACUAUACUCAGGCAUGAAGUACCAGAGCGAGCUACAUGUCAAGUCCAACUACAUCUCCAAUCGUCUGCUCUCAUCGUCAUGUGUGGCACCGGAAGACGCGUUAUUCAUGGAUGCAACAUUGGACAAAUGGUCCAGCACAUUGCCGGAGUACUUGAGGCUGGAACACGAUGUCCGCUCAGCUGAGCCUACAUUCUAUUUCAACAGGUCACGUCUCUGGUGGCGCUUCUGGAAUCUCAAGAUCAUCAUCUUCCGCCAGUUAUUUCUCAAGCGGGCAAUUGGGACAAGUAAUUCUAACAUAACAGCACCAGUCAGUGAGGCUGAUGAAAGGUGCAUGAACAUUGCGGUGCGCGCUGCGAGUGCGACGAUAGCAUCGAUCGAUCAUUAUACCCAGGAGAGACAGAAAACCAGGCUUGUGACUUGGUAUUCAAUCUAUUUUACAUUCCACGCUUCCCUGGUCAUCAUCCUUGCUAUCCUCAGUAAUUCGGAAUCACCAGACAUGCCCAAGUGGCAGGAGGAUGUCAACACGGUCCGUCGCAUCUUCCGAGAUGUAUUUGUGGACAAUGAGCUCGCGACUCGCUGCGCCAACAUUAUCGACGUCAUGCUGCCAGACCCUCUCUUGAACCCGGGGGAUUGGGCAAGUGUCCAGCUGGAUCCUAUGCUAAUGGACUUUUCGACGUGGCCAGCAGCAUCUGCUGACGAGUUUGCCAGCGUUCUUGGCUGGCCAGACUGGCCCAACUUUCCGCAGUGA